AUAUAGAAACAGCUAUGAUCGACAGCUGUACGAACAUACGAACCUUUUAAAGACCCUAUUUUGAAUAUUGGGACUUGAUUAUUAUUUUUUUUUCAUACUUUCAAACUUAGAAGAAAAAGAUAGUAACAAUAGAAUUCUAUAACUUUAACCGGUUCAUUUGACUUAUUGAGCUGUGAUUCUAUAAAACGACCCACUGUCGCUAGGAAGCUUUACUCUCCCCCGAGUAGUCGACGAGAAGAUGAGCAGGUUCCUGAUUCUUCUGAUAAUCCUAGCGGUGUUCAUUCACUUCUCUCUCUCAGAGAAGAAAGCAAAAGAUAAAGGAAAAAACAAGACGGUAUCGGACGAAUUUAAGAAAGACAAGAAUGAGGAGAAGAAGAAACAUGACAAUGGGAAGAGAAAAAGAGGAAAGGAAGAUGAAAUAGACGAUGAGAAUAUUGAACCAAACGAUCCGUACAUGCAGCUUCUACUCAGUAUGGGGGUGGGAGUAGAUGGAGUCAUUAAGCACCCAAAGGGGUUACAUCCCGAAAAUUCCAAGAUUCUGAUGGAAGAAGGUUUAGAUAAGAUUGUGGAGCGGCAGAGAUACACCGAUAAAGAGGGCAGGCGAAACAAGAGAAACCAGAGACGAGGAAAAAGGAAUUUUGGACCUGGCACACAGAAUUGGCCGAGGGGUAUCGUUCCGUUUAUAUUUGAUGCAAAUCUAGUGGCAAACAGAGAAUCGUUUUUGAAGGGUGUUGAGUUGUUUGAUAACCUGACCUGUAUUCGAUGGAAGCCGAAGUCACCGGAAGUGGAGACGGAAGUAGGCCACGCGGGAUACGUUCGUGUUCUAAACGGGGGUGGAUGUAGUUCAGGACUGGGUUUCUAUGGCGAUGAUGAACACCAUAUUACUCUGGCGGAACCCGGAUGUGGAUCAGUGAGGAUAGCUGUACAUGAAAUGCUACACAGACUCGGACAAAGACACGAACAAUCGCGGAAAGAUCGGGAUCAAUAUGUCAAUAUUCAAUGGGAAAACAUCCAUCCGGGAACUGAGUACAACUUUUAUCGGCGAAUGACGUACAAUCGUAACCCGUAUGACUUUGGAAGCGUGCUGCAGUAUGGGUUGACGGAUUUCGGAAAUGGAAAUCCAACAAUAGAACUGAGAGACGAAAACCUUAAGUUCUUGGAGUACCCGGAUGAUCACGUCUUUUCUUUCUAUGAUUUGAAGGAUGUUUUGGAUCAAUAUGGAUGCACAUCCCAUUGUACAGCGCCCCCUGUCUGUCAGAACUCCGGAUACGUUAAUAUCAAGUGUCAGUGUACCUGUCCGAUUGGAUUCACCGGGGAUUUAUGUCAAACGAUUGUCACAGAUCACGAUUGCGGUGGUUAUAUCGAUUUGGAGGAAUAUGGUGUAAUGGAAGCAUCUGUCACAUCUCCUAAUUAUCCGCACCAAACUGGUCAGGGGAAAAUAUGUAGAUGGGUUGUAAAGGGUCCUGUGGGUUACAUCAUUAAGAUGACGAUAGAUGGUCUCCACAUGGCUUAUAACCCGGACACACUCCGAUGUUAUCACUGGCUGGAAAUACAGUACAACCUUCCGGGACAACCAGGAAUAAGACGCUGUGGAGAUAUCGUGGAUGAGACAUUUUAUACAUCUCGUGAUUCACCUUCGUUGAUGAUUCUUACCAUGGACACUAAAUUCGCAGGCAGUAGAACAACACACAAAGGAUUCAAACUUCACCUGGAAAAACAAAGAGAAGUGUGCAGGGACAGUCUCUGUAAAUACGGAGUGUGUUUUCCAACGGAAGUGACGGCAUGCCAGUACAAAUGUGUGUGCCAGAUUGGAUACACCGGGGAACACUGUGACCAAGUCAUAGACGAUGCACAACUUAAGUGCACUUUUGAAAGAUUUGAGAAGUGCUUCUUCGACAACAUUCAGGGAGGAGAUGACUUUGAAUGGGGUUUGGGUUUUAGACACACAAUAUCCAUGGGAACGGGUCCCGAGGAGGCCUAUAAAGGCGAGAGAUUCCUUUUUACUGAGAUGUCGUCACCGAGAAAACCGGGCGAUAGAGCUGUGAUACAGACUACAGUACCCCUACCAGCAAAAGCUGGUUGCCUCUCCUUUGCCUACAACAUGUUUGGUCGCCAUGUCAACAAAAUGACUUUGUUUGCUGAGGGGACAAACACAACCAAAACCUCACUCUGGUCACAAGAAGGAAACCAGGGUUCUGAUUGGUUGAUAGCCAAAGUGAAUGUACCAGGAACGGAGGGGUUAAAGCUCUCCUUUGAGGCCAUCACAGGAGAUUCCUGGGACAGCGAUACAGCACUGGACGAAAUCACGUGGGAAGUUGGACAAUGUGGUGCCAAUAUCAAAGAUUGUAUAGAAACAGGAAAAGAGUACGAGGGUACACACGAUCACACGAAAAGUGGCAUCACAUGUCAAGCAUGGUCAGCUAAUAAGCCGCAUGUGCCUAAUUCAAGAUACGCCUACCUUGCUACUGAGUCCAACUAUUGUCGGAUCGCUGAUGAGCCUGCGCCUUGGUGCUACACCACAGACAACAAGACACGAUGGGACUGGUGUGACGUGCCCUACUGCAUAUCGACUGAAUGUAUGUACACACCUAAAGGACUAGACUAUACCGGAACUGUGAGUCACACUCAGACCGGAAUACCGUGUCAAAGAUGGGAUUCACAGACCCCCCACCCUCACAGCUUAAACAAUCUGUACAAGGACGAGAACUACUGUAGAAAUCCGGACGGGAGUAUGGGUCCCUGGUGUCACACCCAGGACCCAGACAUACGGUGGGAUCUCUGUGACGUACCCAAAUGUGAGAAGAUAGAGAGCAGGGAGUGUCUUAUAACGGGCAGAGGAUUGGAUUAUGCUGGACAACAAAGCGUAACAAUUUCCGGUAAAACAUGCUUACCUUGGAACGACGAGGCAAUGAGUGACGAUUCCAAUUACUGUAGAAAUUCGGAUUUAUCCUCCAAGCCUUGGUGUUACGUACAGGGAGAAACCGGACCGGUUACGGAAUAUUGCGACAUUCCACUCUGUGAAAACUCGCCAUGCUUUCCAAACCCAUGUAAGAACAGAGGAUAUUGUGAGGUCAAGGACUCUUCCUACAAUUGUACCUGUCUGGACGGAUUCAAGGGAGAUAACUGUGAAUUAGAAGACCAAGUUGGAAUAGCUGAGUGUAAAAGAACUGAGAACGGAUGGGAUUAUAAUGGAAAAAUCCACGUGACAACAUCGGGGCGGAUAUGUCAGGUGUGGGCUUCCCAGUCUCCUCACAGCCAUGGAACGGGAACAGAUCUACCGGAAAACUAUUGCAGGAACCCGGAUGGUGAACCAUCACCCUGGUGCUAUACCACAGACCCAUAUGUGCGAUACGAGCUGUGCGAUAUCCCUGAUUGUGUCACACCCCCACUAGAGUGUCUCACUAACUCGGACCCCACAGGGAAAUUUUACUUUGGAACACAGAAUGUCGCCAGCACUGGGGAUGUGUGUCAGAGAUGGGACAGUCAGUCACCACAUACUCACGGAAAUGGUCAUCUUAGUGACCAAGGUAAUUACUGCCGAAAUCCGGAUGGCGGAAGUGCCCCAUGGUGUUACACGGUGAACCCGGACGUUCGUUGGACUAACUGUGACGUCCCGCAUUGCUGAUGCUAAAGACUGUUUACAACCUAAUGAAAUGAAGAAAAAAAUCAGACUUUUGGUGUAAUAAUACGUUUAACAUUUUCAAAAAAUCAGACUUUUGAUGUAAUAAUACGUUUAACAUUUUCAAUAAAUUAUAAACCUUC